AGAGAGGGAGAGAGAGAGAGAGGGAGGGAGACGCCAUAUCCCUCUCCACAUCACCUCCCAUUUCCCCCAUUUUCUGGACUCUUUGCUCUUCUUCAUCUACUCCCCUCGAAACGUUGAAUUUCACUCUUCUACUCGUUUAUUGGAGAUUUUUAUGUAGUUGUUCAAGAUGAAAGAGACUGAAAUGGGGAGUAAAGACGAGAUACUGGAGGCUCUGAAGAAGGAAGCUGUGGAUUUGGAGAACAUACCGAUUGAGGAGGUUUUUCAGAACCUGAGGUGUACCAAGGAAGGACUCUCGAGUGAGGCUGCUGAACAGAGGCUUGUUAUUUUUGGGCACAACAAGCUUGAGGAGAAGAAGGAGAGUAAGUUUUUGAAGUUUCUAGGGUUUAUGUGGAACCCCCUAUCAUGGGUCAUGGAAGCUGCAGCUAUUAUGGCCAUAGCACUUGCUAAUGGAGGGGGAAAACCACCUGAUUGGCAAGAUUUUGUUGGGAUCAUUACCCUCCUUGUUAUCAAUUCUACUAUAAGUUUCAUUGAGGAAAAUAACGCUGGUAAUGCUGCUGCAGCUCUCAUGGCCCGCCUCGCACCAAAAGCAAAGGUUCUUCGAGAUGGGAGAUGGAGUGAGGAAGACGCAUCAGUUCUUGUUCCAGGCGACAUAAUUAGUGUUAAACUUGGUGACAUAAUUCCUGCUGAUGCUCGUCUCCUUGAAGGUGACCCGUUGAAAAUAGACCAGUCUGCACUGACAGGUGAGUCCCUUCCUGUGACAAAAAGCCCUGGGGAUGGCGUUUAUUCGGGCUCCACUUGCAAACAGGGAGAGAUUGAAGCAGUGGUCAUUGCAACUGGUGUCCAUACCUUCUUUGGCAAGGCUGCUCACCUUGUGGACAGCACAAAUCAAGUUGGUCACUUUCAGAAGGUCUUGACUGCCAUUGGGAAUUUCUGUAUAUGUUCUAUUGCUGUGGGGAUGGUAAUAGAGAUCAUUGUAAUGUAUCCAAUUCAACAUCGGGACUAUCGUCCAGGAAUUGACAAUUUGCUGGUACUUCUUAUUGGAGGAAUCCCCAUUGCAAUGCCUACGGUUUUAUCUGUCACAAUGGCAAUUGGCUCCCACCGUUUAUCUCAGCAGGGGGCCAUAACGAAAAGAAUGACAGCAAUUGAAGAAAUGGCAGGCAUGGAUGUGCUUUGCAGCGAUAAGACUGGAACUCUGACAUUGAACAAGCUGUCAGUUGACAGAAGUCUUAUUGAGGUCUUUGCUAGAGGAGUAGAUGCAGAUACUGUAGUUUUAAUGGCUGCGAGAGCCUCCAGAGUGGAAAAUCAAGAUGCGAUAGACACUGCUAUUGUAGGAACAUUGGCCGAUCCGAAAGAGGCAAGGGCUGGCAUUCAAGAGGUUCACUUCCUUCCGUUUAACCCGACUGAUAAGCGAACAGCUCUGACGUACAUUGAUAGUGAAGGCAAAAUGCAUCGAGUUAGCAAAGGUGCACCAGAACAGAUACUCAAUCUCGCACACAAUAAGUCAGAAAUAGAGCGGAGAGUUCAUGCUGUGAUUGACAAGUUUGCAGAGCGAGGGUUGCGAUCUCUUGCAGUAGCUUACCAGGAAGUUCCUGAAGGGAGGAAGGAGAGUCCAGGAGGUCCAUGGCAAUUCACUGGCCUCAUGCCUCUCUUUGACCCACCUCGACAUGACAGUGCAGAGACAAUUACAAGGGCUUUGAAUCUGGGGGUUAGUGUUAAAAUGAUCACUGGUGAUCAACUGGCAAUAGGAAAGGAAACAGGAAGACGUUUGGGAAUGGGAACCAAUAUGUAUCCUUCAUCUGCCUUACUAGGGCAGCACAAGGAUGAGUCAAUCAUAGCCUUGCCUGUUGAUGAACUGAUUGAAAAAGCUGAUGGUUUUGCUGGUGUUUUCCCUGAGCACAAAUAUGAGAUUGUAAAACGUCUGCAAGCUAGAAAACACAUCUGUGGAAUGACUGGCGACGGAGUUAAUGAUGCUCCGGCACUUAAGAAGGCUGACAUAGGCAUAGCUGUUGCUGAUGCAACUGAUGCUGCUCGUAGUGCUUCUGACAUAGUCCUGACAGAACCUGGCCUUAGCGUUAUCAUCAGUGCCGUCCUAACAAGUCGGGCUAUCUUUCAGAGGAUGAAAAAUUAUACGAUAUAUGCUGUUUCCAUUACAAUCCGUAUAGUGCUUGGUUUUAUGUUGCUCGCACUCAUAUGGCGGUUUGAUUUUCCACCCUUCAUGGUGCUGAUUAUUGCCAUCCUCAAUGAUGGUACCAUUAUGACAAUAUCCAAGGAUAGGGUGAAACCAUCUCCACAGCCAGACAGCUGGAAGCUGGCAGAGAUUUUUACUACUGGAGUCGUUCUGGGAGGUUACUUGGCCAUGAUGACGGUCAUUUUCUUCUGGGCUGCAUACAAGACAAACUUUUUUCCUCGUACAUUUGGGGUUUCAACUCUCCAAGGAACACCUGAAGAUGUCUUCAGGAAACUUGCUUCGGCAGUAUACCUUCAAGUGAGUAUCAUCAGCCAGGCCCUAAUCUUUGUGACACGCUCUAGGAGUUGGUCUUUUAUUGAACGUCCUGGCCUUUUGCUUUUGGUGGCUUUCAUUAUUGCUCAGUUGAUUGCUACAUUGAUAGCUGUUUAUGCAAACUGGAGUUUUGCUGCUAUUGAAGGGAUUGGAUGGGGCUGGGCUGGGGUGAUUUGGCUUUUUAACAUCGUAACCUACUUCCCUCUGGAUGUUAUAAAGUUCGCUAUCCGAUACGCCUUGAGUGGAAAAGCAUGGGAUCUGGUUAUUGAGCAAAGGAUUGCUUUCACGAGGAAAAAGGAUUUUGGGAAAGAAGAACAGAAGCUCAAAUGGGCACAUGCACAGAGGACCCUCCAUGGACUGCAACCUCCUGAGACCAAGAAGACGUUUGGUGAUCGCAGUAAUUUCACAGAACUUAAUCAGAUGGCUGAAGAGGCAAAGAGACGAGCUGAGAUUGCCAGGUUGAGAGAACUGCUGACACUGAAAGGCCAUGUUGAAUCAGUUGUGAAGUUGAAGGGUCUCGACAUUGACACAAUCCAGCAAGCAUACACCGUCUGAGGGAGAUCCUACUUUUUACAUUCUGAUUUUGGUAGUUAUACUCUAGUGCUGCUGCCUGAUGUCAGGAUUGUUAAUUGGGUAUCCAAUCGACGUGCAUCCAUUUUUUUUGUUACAAUCAACUGAGAAGCUAUUAGCUUUGCCUGUAUUUGCACUAUGUCUUGAUAUCAACACAUUUAGUUCCUCCUCCUCCUCGUUUAUCUUUUCAAUUGUUGUCGUCGUUCUUAUGCUCAAUUCUGGUAUAUACACUCAAAAUUCUGUGGUACCAAUCAGAAAUAUAGAUUUUUCGUUUCUUUCUUUUGAA